GUCAGGGCCUGAGGUACACGAGUGGCAGCAGAUGGCCCUUUAGGCAGUAGGGUGCCUAGGGCACCGUAGAGCUCUGCAGCAUGUGCCUUCGAGGCAGGGAUGAGGAGCCGGCACAAGUCUACGCCGAAGGACCACGACGACACUAUCCUUCAGAUGUUUCUACCAGGCAGUCUAUGGAGAAACGUAUCAAUUACAUGCAAAACCUAAAGAAAGAGAAGAGGAAAUUGGGGAAAAGGUUUGCAAGGCCUACCCCGAUUCCAGAUCCAGGAAUCCUGGUAAGUAUGUGGCUCUCGCGUAGAAAUAAGUGUUUGCAUGCUACUGACAUUCUCCUUUUUAAUGCAUCUGACUGCUCUUCUAUUUUCCCUGGAAAAAUUUGGAAUGCCAUUCUGGAGAGACCCCUGAAAACUCCUCUCAUGAAAUUCCCAUUGUUUACAUUUACUAAGAAACUGUCUCCUGAUAAUGACACGGAGUUUGAUCUUCGAAGCCACAUUGUCUAUUUGUUGUUUUGUCCAGCUUAUUCAUUUAGAUCUUUGAUUCCAUUAUUUAUAAAAUGAGUUACAAAACCUCCAAAAAUUAUUUAGCCUAUAAUUG